ACGAAUAGGCUCAAAUUUUUAAUGUAAAAUGGCUGCCUUAUGAAUUACUUGAAGGUCCCAUUUAACGAUUCGAUUUUCCCUGAAGCUUGAUUAAGUUUAGCACUGAUUAAUCCUGUGUGGACAAAGGUGUUUGGUAUUAUUUGUACAGUUAGUUGUCCCUCUUUUUUGCCAGUGCUCCCUUUCAAUCUUAAGUUUUAUUUACUAUUUAUUAUUUUUAUUUUUAUUUUUACUUACCCUGCCCAAAUGAUAAUUGCUCACAUGGAAAAAAAUUAUGGUCCAUGAUUUGUUUCUUCGUAUUGCUGAAGUUUUAAAAACGAGACUCGUAGAAUUGAGUGAAUGAGCUGAGAGUGACAUCUAGUGAGUUAAAUGUGGAAACGUGCGCAAAAUGGGGGAACACGUUCUCAUGUUUGGUUAAAUUGAAAAAUGAGAAAUUUGCAUUUUCAAUAGAGAAGAUUUUAAAUAAUUCAAAAUGGAUUCGAAUGAGCCACUGUGUUUGAUAAGCAAUACUAACAAUAAUAAAGAAUUAAUCUUCGAGACUCAUGCUGAUCAAAAUCAAAAGCCCAAAAAGGAUGAGAUAAAAGAUGAGAUAUUUUUCGACCAUGACUCGAAGCAAAGCCUCCCUAUUGAUUCAGAAGACGAGAAAUCAGAUAACGACAGCUGUGAUCGAGAUGUAGACCCGACUUCCCAUAGGAGUAAAUCACCCAUCAGCCCCAAAAAGCGAGGAGAGACUGGUGUAGAUAGAGUGUGUGGAGAUGAGCUAGUUUCAGCAGAAACAGAGAGCUUGGAUGUUGAAAGUUUAGGAGCGAAACAUGAGGUAUUGCCGUUCGAUUCUGAGAUAAAUAGCGAGAAGGCAGCCAUGUUCAAGGUGUACCAACCUUGGGUAAUCAAAACGUACGGAGACUUCACUAAGACUAAGACGGUCUCCCUGAAAAAAUACGAUAGGAUCGUGCGGACUUUGCUUGGUUUAAUCCCCAACUGUGCGGAGAAUUCCAAGUUUCGCUUCUGGAUACGCUCAAAAGGUUUUCGUUUAGGUCUUCCGAGUUCCAUCGCUCCGGUUUCGGAUCCUAAUCAACUUUACGUUUUGGGCAGAAAGAGUGGCACUGAGGGAAGGAGCUACCGAAAAGUGGCCGUCGUCGAGCAGUUUUUCGAAAUCAUUUAUCAAGUCCACGUCGAAAGUGGUGGCAAGCACGCUGGACAGAAAAAAACCUACCGGACAAUCACACAAACCUACGCAUUUCUCCCUCGAGAGGCUGUCACUAAGUUCCUGUUGGGAUGUGCUGAGUGCCAAAAGCGUCUGGACUUAGACUCUCUGGGGUCUGACAUUUUCAAAAAUAACAAGGACACCCCUGUAAAGAGAGCUCAAAAGAGGAAACACAACACUUGGGAUCCAAGCCCUUCUUCGUUUUCCAUUGACCCCUCUUGCUAUUCGACGAAUUUAUCAAUCCCUCUCGACAACAGAAAACGCAAAUAUUUGAAACUCCCCAAAUACCCGAGUGAACUGUGCCUGGCGGAUGACGAGGGCAACAAUUCUGAUGGUUAUGUUCCGACUGAUAAGUACGAGGAUUCCCGGGAGUUUUACCCAACAUGUAAGGAGAGUUCGACACGUAACCCAACCAAAGCGAUUGAGUACCACCGUGACGAUAAACUAUUUCAAGUUGCGACGAAAACAGAGUCUGAUGGUGAGGAGGAAUCUAAAGCUAAGCCUAGUCUGAAAUUGUGUAUCAAGGAAGAGACUGAUGAGAAAACUGAUUUAGUUCUUGACUUUCGUUACAAAUCACUGAAAUCUCUCGCUCGACAAAAGUUUAAAGAUCAAGACAAGGAUACUGAAGACUCUGAGAAGGACGAGGCGAGCGAUGUCGAGCGAAAAUACGUAUGCGAGAGUAACAAGUUGCACCCGAAACUAGACUCUCGAGAUCCUCUGUAUAAAAUAAAAUCGGAGUUCUACCUAAGGCACCAGAUUGACCAUCAGAAUGUGAGGAAAGAAAGGGAUUACUUUGUAAAUGUUCCUAACUUGCUUCCGCCAGCCCCAGUUCUCUCUCUGAGACUAGGUCACGAGGAUGGGUACCCAUCAGAGAAGAAAAUUACCGACCCGGUCAGAGCAUGUAAUUCCAAAAAGUACUUACUACCCCACGCGAACGGGUCCUCGAGGAGGAAAAGGUUCUCUUCGAAGAGGUACACCUCCACCCCCGAGCCAAUGAGCCACCUGUACUCGCGAAACUCGAGCCAGAGCCUGAGAUACGGUCCGCGCAACAGCAGCUCGAGCACGAACGAGAACGAAUCCUGCGAGAACAGCUACGGAGCUGAGAUUUUGGACCUUUCCCCGAUAAACUCGCAAAAUCGAAUUUCAAAGUUCAAGUUGCCCCAAUCGAAAGCACCGGUGUCUUACAUUCAGAUCCCGGUCUGGAACCCUGACUUGUUGCGAUAUCACUCCAAGGGUAGGACAAUGGAGUCGGGUCGAACGGCGAGGGUUCCAGACGCAGACCCCUCCGAGUGUCCGGACCGGCUUUCGGCGCACCCGACGGACGAGGAUAGUGACUCGGAUCACCCCACCAGCACUUGUGAGAGGAGGACCAAACACGUCGGAUAUUUUGACCAGGAACCUACUUCUAGCCAGGUUGAUAAAUCUUCCAUCCUCAUAACCCCCUCCCCGAAAGCCCGAACGCAGGAUGCCUGGUACAGGUGCCCUCCUCUUUCACAACCGACGACCGACGACCCCUCAGGGCACAGCUUCAUCCCCGUCCCCACCCCCAUCCCCAACCCCAACCCUCCCCCCAUCACCGUCCCUACCCGCUGCACCCCACCAUCCCUCCUAUUUUCCAGUUACUAA